GUGCACAUCACAGGGGCACACAGGAGCUUUCUGCUUCAGGUACUCGGGGUGACUCCCUGCACGGAAAAAACAGCGAAUCUCGGUCACCCUAAAACGCGCUGACCUUCCCAACAACAAGGAUUUGGUGUCCGAGCUGAGUGCACGCUGGCCAGAGGUCCAUCAGCAGCAGUGCAGUGGAGCAGGGAGCUGUCCGUGGUGCUGAAUUCCUCAGCUAACAGAAAUCCCCAUUGCACACUCAUGUGCCUGGGCCGCUCCUGAUAGCUCCCAUUCCUAGCAGCAACUGACCACCACCUCCACAUCCAAGAUGGACGACGACGGGCGUUACAGAGACGGCCGCUCAGACUUUGUCCGCGGCGCCAAGGACAUUGCCAAAGUGGCUAAGAAACAGGUCGGCAAGAAGAUGGGGCGCGGUGUGGACAAAAUGGCUGACGAGUACACCAAGCGCUCCUAUAAACGCUUUGAGGAGGAAGAUGAUGAUGAAGACUACGGCGGCGUGCCAAGCAACGCUGGCGGAUAUUAUCGCAAUGACAGCCGGGCCAAUGAUGAUGAAGGUCACAGCGACUCCACCGAAGGACACGAUGAGGAUGAUGAGAUCUACGAAGGGGAGUACCAGGGUAUUCCGAGGGCUGACUCGGGCAAGACUGGCAGCAUGGACGGGGUGGCGGCCGCCCAGGCGCAGCAGUUCAGGGAUCUGUCGGCUUAUGAGGGCGAGAGGCGGAAAGACCAGGAGGAGCUCGCCCAGCAGUACGAAACCAUCCUGCAGGAGUGCGGCCACGGAAAGUUCCAGUGGACGCUCUACUUUGUCCUGGGGCUGGCGCUGAUGGCGGACGGCGUGGAGAUCUUUGUAGUCGGCUUCGUGCUGCCCAGCGCAGAGAAGGAUAUGUGUCUAUCUGAACCCAACAAGGGCAUGCUGGGUCUGAUCGUGUACCUGGGGAUGAUGGUCGGGGCCUUCGUGUGGGGCGGCUUGGCUGAUCGGAUCGGCCGACGGCAGACCCUCCUCAUCUCCCUCUCCAUCAAUAGCGUGUUUGCCUUCUUCUCGUCCUUCGUCCAGGGCUACGUCUCCUUCCUCUUCUGCCGCCUGGCCUCUGGUGUGGGUAUUGGCGGCUCCAUCCCCAUCGUGUUUUCCUAUUACUCUGAGUUCCUGGCCCAGGAGAAGCGAGGAGAGCAUCUGAGCUGGCUCUGCAUGUUCUGGAUGAUCGGCGGUAUCUACGCCUCCGCCAUGGCCUGGGCCAUCAUCCCACACUACGGCUGGAGUUUCCAGAUGGGCUCGGCCUAUCAGUUCCACAGCUGGCGUGUCUUUGUGUUGGUGUGUGCCUUUCCCUCUGUGGCGGCCAUCUCUGCCCUCACCACCAUGCCCGAAAGCCCCCGUUUCUACCUGGAGAAUGGGAAACAUGACGAGGCGUGGAUGAUUCUGAAGCAGGUCCAUGACACCAACAUGAGGGCCAAGGGUUACCCAGAGAGGGUCUUCUCUGUUACCACCAUUAAAACAGUGAAGCAGAUGGAUGAGCUGGUGAACUUGGGCGAUGGAGCCGCCUGGCAUCAGAAAUGGAGGAUCAAGCUCAUUACACUUUUCCAUCAGGUGUGGAGUAACUUCCAGACCGUUUUCUCCCCCGAAUAUCGCCGCACCACCUACAUGAUGAUGGCUGUGUGGUUCUCGAUGUCCUUCAGCUACUACGGUCUGACAGUGUGGUUCCCCGACAUGAUCAAGUACCUGCAGAAGCAGGAGUACGCCUCACGCACCAAGGUUUUCGUUAAGGAGAAAGUGGAACAUGUCACCUUUAACUUCACCCUGGAAAACCAGGUCCACCGCCAGGGAGAAUACUUCAACGACAAGUUUAUGAACCUGAAAAUGAGAUCUAUGGUGUUUGAGGACUCGCUGUUUGAGGAGUGUUACUUUGAGGACAUCACCUCCAGCAACACCUUCUUCAAGAACUGCACCUUCAUUGCGACACUCUUCUACAACACAGAUCUAUUCAAGUACAGGUUGGUCAAUUGCAAGCUAAUCAACAGCACUUUCUUGCACAACAAAGAGGGCUGCCUGCUCAGUGAUGUGAGCGAUGAGAACAAUGCCUACAUGGUCUACUUCGUCAGUUUCCUGGGCACCUUGGCUGUGUUGCCAGGCAACAUCGUCUCCGCGUUGCUCAUGGACAAGAUUGGACGACUGAGGAUGCUAGCGGGCUCCAGUGUCAUCUCUUGCAUCAGCUGUUUCUUCCUGUCCUUUGGAAACAGCGAGUCGGCCAUGAUUGCUCUGCUCUGCCUGUUCGGGGGAAUCAGCAUCGCUUCCUGGAAUGCCCUGGAUGUGCUGACCGUCGAGCUCUACCCCUCUGACAAGAGAACCACGGCAUUCGGCUUCCUCAACGCCCUCUGUAAAUUAGCAGCCGUUUUAGGCAUAAGCAUCUUUACCUCCUUCGUUGGUAUCACCAAGGCGGUCCCCAUCCUCUUUGCCUCGGGGGCGCUGGCGGCGGGCAGUUUUCUGGCCCUCAAACUACCAGAAACGCGGGGUCAGGUGCUGCAAUAGUGUGGCGCCAACAACUUUCCCCAGGGGUGGGGGGGUGGGGGGGCUGCAGAAGAGUUUUCACCACACUGUGAAUGAGCAGCUCAAGAGCCCUUCAAAUCCUUCCCUCUAACCCUCCUCUCUCAUAAUGAUAGAGUUUGUGCACAUAACACAGAAGAGAGACGCAGAUCUGCUGUAAAUAUUUGGGAUUGGUGAUUAUUUGACAGAUAGUGACGCUGUGACAAACAAUUGGAAAGCCUGAAGAAAUGCUGAGCUGAGACAAAUUGCUAAUGAGGUCAAAAUAACAUUAAAGGGACAGUAUGGGUUUUAUUGGAGUGGGGUUGCAUGAGGUACUUAUCCAUAGUCAGUGUGUUACAUACAGUUAAUGUCAGUCUGCACGCCCCCAGUUUGGAGAUUCAGUCUGGAGUCUGACAUCGAAGUAAAGCAGUGCACUGCUGUGGAGGGGAGCAGCAACAACAUGCAUUUUAACCCUCUAAAAACAAUAUUAAAAAAAUCACAAUCAGUUCAAGAAUAUUUUCAUAGCAUUACCCUUCCGUCAGACAGCCUGUUUUGAUGGUAAAGACCUUAUCAGCUUAAAUUUCCCACCUACGUUCUCGUCAAAACCACCAGACUUUAUUGAAAAAAACUAAUUUAAACUCGCUGAGCACAGGAGGCUCUGGUCUGCUGCUGCCUUGAUCAGUUAGAUAUUUUGUGUUAUAGUGUGACUUUGGUGAAUCUGAACUAACACUUUCAAACGGCAAAGUCACAUAAUAACACAAACCAGCAAUCAUACAAGGUGCUUGAGGUGCCUGAAGUACAGGAAUUUGACACCAUAUGUACAGGUUACUUUAUUUGUACCCAAUGGUAGAUUUAAGAAGCCGGCAUCCAUCCAGAAACAAUUCAAAAUUAUAACAUGCAAUCAUAAAAGGCAAAACACAAUGUACCAUCACAAAAAUGUGCUCAGAUGCUUUGCAAUCAACAGAAGAUUGAGAUAAGGUCAAAAAUCCCAUCAUGACAAUAAAUAAAUAAAAUAGAUAUGUGCAACUAUUGCUCUGACUAGUUCAAAUGGACAAAUGUAGCUGGUACAAAACUAUUCCUGUAUCAUUUAGGAAGUGAAGUCCUCUGAUACCUUGACAAUCAUACAUUUGUUAACUUGGUCCCUGUGAAAGCACUUGAAUCUAAUUGAAUGUCUUUACGAGGCAGGGGAUGCAGUGGACCAGCUGCUCCUGUGUUCGGGAUUGUUAAAUCACUGUUUCUUUUAAUGGAAUCUGGCUAUAAAGAGAGCAGUAUAACGGCUCAAUUUUACCGUGGGAAAAGUAAAUGCUGUCUGACAUUUUUCAUUCAAACCUUCAUUUCAGACUCUGGAAAUCAAUUGAGCGAAACCCUCCUUUACAAUGAUGCCGACCAAAAACAGAGACAUUAAAAAGAAUCAAACAAACAAAUAGAUAUUGAAAUAUUCCCCUCUCUC